AUGUAAAAUACGAUUAAAACUAUUUCUUAUAUUAGGUUACGGUUAUCUAUUACGUCCUUUAUAAUUACACAGUCAAUGUGCACAGCGUUAUUGUUGUUUUUACAUUACUAACAAACAUUAAAAAUGGCAAAAGCAUAUUGUUGUUUCUUGUUCCUGUUGACAGUGGCCGUUAUAUUUGUCUCUUCUCUUGAGAGUCACUUAAACAUUGCCAAAAGUGAUGAUGACAAUACUAACAUAGUAAUAGUUGAUGAAGAUUUUGUUACUGAAGUUAAAGAAUCUAACUUAAAAAGUAAAUGUUAUGAUGUCAACACUAAAACAUUCCAUAAAAUAGACUCAGUAUGGUACCCAGAAAAUAAAUGUGAAAAACACAUGUGUAUCCGACUAAGGGACACAAAAACACCAACAAUUAAGAUAAUGGAAUGUGAAACAUGUGCUCAAUGUGAUUCAUUUAACCAAGAAUGUAAAUUGUUAAAACCGAGCAAGCAGUACCCCAAAUGUUGUCCCAAGUGUAUGCCAAAAGAUUCUUUAAUAACAAAAAAGAAUAAAUUGUAUAAACCUAAACAGAUUAUCAAGUGAUUGAAUAAAGUUCAGUGUUAGCUAAAGAUUACAGAAUAUAAUUAAAAUAAAUGGAAAUUAACUGUUAAUAUUUUACAAGAAAUGAAUUAAUUAAAAAAAAAAGAAAACAACUUAA